UCUAGAUGCAAAUCUCUUACCAGGUAAAUGAUUUGCAAGUCUUUUUUCCUGUUUUGUGAAAUUUCUUUUCACUUUAUUGAUAAUGUCCUAUGAAGCACAACAUUUUAAUUUUGAUGAAGUCCAAUUUACUUUUUUUUCUUAUACUUUUUCUGUCACAUUUAAAAAAUCACUACCUAGCGAGAGGGACUGGCUUGGUUGAGGAGAAGUCUCCAGCUCUGAAGUGCAGGAAUUAAUUUAAGGUGAUGUCAACUUUUGCUCCAAGAAAGAGGAAGCAGCAUUUUUUGAACUGUGACAGCAUAUUACCAGACAGUCCAUCAAAGAAAUUAAUUUGGACUUUACUGAAAGUCUAUUUCCAUCACCUACUAAAAAGCACAUUAGUCAGAUCAGUAAUAAAGUUGAAUAAAAGGUGCAUCACUCUCAACAAGGCCAUUUCAUUUCAAGUCCACUCAAAACAGCUUAAAAAAAAAUUAAAAAAAAGAUGACCAAAAAAAACGCUGCCUAAUCCAAGCGCACAACAGACUCUCUUCCUGUGUUUUCUUCUGACUGUUCAGUAGUUUUAAUUCUUACAUUGAGGUCUUGGAUCCACUUCAGUUUGUUUUUAUAUAUGAUGUGAGGUAAGUGGAAAGUCCAACUUCAUUCUUUUGUGCGUGGAUAGUCAAUUGUCUCAGCACUACUUAUUGAAGACUUUUCUGUUCCCCUUUGAAUUGUGCUGGCACUAGUAUAUUUCUGGAUGAAGUGUAUAGUAGUUAUUAUAUAUAGCUUUAUACAAAGUCAUCAGUGAACAUGGUAUGAUAGCAAGAGGCAGCCGUAAUUUUCUUACAGGUUCUUUAGCGAUGUAUAGUUUAGUUUGGAUGAAUGUGCUGUUACAGGAAUCAGUGACGUUUCAGGAUGUGGCUGUGGACUUCACCUCAGAGGAGUGGAAGCUGCUUGAUUGUGAUCAGAGAACUCUGUAUUGGGAUGUGAUGAUGGAGAACUAUAGAAACCUCAACUCAGUAGGGUGUCCAGUUACUAAAACAAAACUGACCUUCAAGGUGAGGCAAGGACAGGAGUCGCUGAUGGUGGAGGGAGAGAACCCACAUUGGAGCGAUCCAGAAGCUGAGUGUCCACUUGGUGAACUAAAGAAGCAUCAGAAAAGCAAAGGCAAUUUUUUGAAGUCCGUUUUGCUGACUUUUAAUAAAACUCAGCUGACAGAGAGAACCCACAGAUAUAAUACGAGUACAAAUCUUAAUCUUACUAGAAAAAAAUCAUAUAAAUGUAAAUCAUAUUGGAAGGGUAUACAACCUAAUUUAGACUUAUUUAAUUAUAAUGGAAGUUAUAUUGGAAAGAACUCAUAUAAAUGCAAUGAAUGUGGAAAAGCCUUCAAGAAGAAGUUUAAUUUCAUCAGACAUGAAAAAAAUCAUUCAAGAAAAAAGCCCUUCGAAUGCAGUGACUGUGGGAGAGCUUAUAGCAGGAAGGCACACCUUGCGACUCAUCAGAAAAUUCAUGAUGGAGAGAGACCCUUUGUGUGUAGCGACUGUGGGAAAGCUUUCAUACACAAAGCCCAACUCGUGGUCCACCAGAGACUUCACACUGGAGAGAAACCUUACGAAUGCGGUCAGUGUGGGAAAACCUUCACUUGGCACUCCUCCUUCACUCAGCAUGUGAAAUCCCACACGUUGGAGAACUCAUUUGCAUGUAACGAAUGUGGGAAAACCUUCAGAUAUAGUUCGUCCCUUUAUAAACAUUCUAGAUUCCAUACAGGAGAGAAACCGUACCCAUGUAUCAUAUGUGGCAAAGCCUUUGGCAACGCUUCCGUGCUUGUUACACAUCAGAGAAUUCAUACAGGGGAGAAGCCGUAUGGAUGUAUUGAAUGUGGCAAAGCCUUCAUCAAGAAGUCUCACCUCCUUAGGCAUCAGGUAACUCAUACAGGAGAGAAGCCCUAUGAAUGUGCCCGAUGCGGGAAAGCAUUUUCCCAGAAGUCAAAUCUUAUUGUACAUCAGAAAAUUCAUAUGUAACGUUCACUUUAUAAUAUGAGAAGGCCUUACCAUUAAGUAAAUCAUAUUAAAUGCAAAGAACUCAUGGUUCACUCAGCUCACACUGAAUGAAUUUGAAAGAGUAGAUUCCCAUAAAAAUCAGUGCCAGUCACAUUCUAGGAAGUGUUAAUGCAUUUUACAGAAAACAUUGAAGUAUAAAUAAUUGAACAUAGAACUUGAAAAAUAAGCAUAAAUAAUCAAGGAAUCACUGAAAACUACAUUUAUCAUGCCUGAUUUUAGUUUUUAUAACAAUAUAAUUAUGAAAAUGAGUGUAAAAUAUAGCUGUAUUAUAUUAAAUUGAUAUCAAGUUUCUGUACUAAAUAUUACUAUUUUUUCUUUCAGUCCUAAUAUUUGCAUAAUUAAUUAAGAAAAUGCAA